UGUCGCUCUGGUUACUCGGUCGCACGCACGGUGCUGACCAGGAGUAGUAGAGAAUAGAGAUGUGGAGGACGGCGUAAACUGUUGUUUCCUUGAAUUUCAUUCAAAGAUAAUUCUAAUGGAGCUCCGCCGGUGGAGAUCUCUCUCAUGAAUUUUCACGAGGAAAAAGAAGGAAUUGUAAUUUCUGAUCAAUGGAGUCGGCAGCAGCAGCAACAUCGUCGGUCACUUUCUAUGAUUUUCUGGAUCGAAUGCGUAACCCGGCUUCCCUCGAUCUCGUACGAUCCAUCAAAAGCUUCAUAGUCUCUUCUUCAUUUUACGCGGCCAAUCCCGAGAAUGAUGGCAAAAGAGUGCAAGAAUUCUACUUGACAAUGGAAGCUGCUAUUAGGGAACAUCCUUUGUGGACCGGUGCUUCCGAAGAAGAAGUUGACCAUGCAAUGGAGGGUCUAGAGAAAUAUGUGAUGACAAAGUUGUUCUCACGGACGUUUGCUUCUGCUUCCGAGGAUUCAAAGAUUGAUCACGAAAUCUCAGAGAAAAUAUGCUUGUUGCAAACCUUCUUGAAGCCCGAGCAUUUAGAUAUACCCGCCGUUCUUCAGAAUGAAGCUUCUUGGCUGCUUGCAGAGAAAGAAUUGCAGAAGAUCAACACUUUCAAAGCUCCUCGUGAGAAGCUUUCUUGUAUUAUGAAUUGUUGUAGGGUCAUCAACAAUUUGUUGCUCAAUGCAUCAAUGUCAGAAAAUCAUGUACUGGCAGGACUAGAUGACUUUCUUCCAGUUCUUAUAUAUGUUACGAUCAAGGCCAAUCCUCCACAGUUGCACUCUAACCUCAAAUUCAUCCAAUUGUACCGGAGGCAAGCCAAACUUGUCUCGGAAGCAGCUUAUUAUUUCACCAAUCUUGUGUCAGCCAAGGAAUUUAUUGUCGAUCUCAGCGCUAAAUCUCUUUCCAUGGAUGAAAUCAAAUUUGAGGAGAGCAUGCAAGCAGCAAGAUUAACCAAUAAAGAAAUACAAACAGAAGCCUCAACUACAUUACUAGGUCAAACAGAUCCUAGUCCAACAAGAAUACCAGAUGAAAACAGAGAUCUAAGUGGUGGAUCAAAUUAUCCUUACAUGGAUGCAAAGGCUGGUGAACUGACCCUCGGAGAUGUGGAGAGAUUGCUGAGUUUGUACAAAGAUGUAGUUACAAAAUAUACAAAUCUCCGUGCUGCUGUUAGGCACCAUUCUUUGUCCAAGGCAGGACCCCCUUUUCCUCAUUCAGAAGGAACCAGUUUUUCGUUAACACGGCCAGAGGGAGUAAAUACAAAAAUUGAUCAUCAAAGAGGAAACUAACAAGCCAAGGAAAAGAUUCACACGGAUAUAGCAACAAUCCACGGGUUGAAAGAAAGGCAAGAGCUUUGCGGAUCAAGGAGUUUUCGGAGUUAUGCCACACACACAAAGAAUAGGCAUCAAGUCCCAGACUUAUCUGCAUGUCAUGCAGAAGUUAAAAAAGCGCCUUGUUACCCGUAAUACAGUCAGUACAGUACUCCUGGUCUUUGUCUUAGAGAACACCCUCGCCAUACUCUCUGUUAAUUUUUUCGUAUAUUGAUUUCUAGACUAAUUUUUUCUC